CAGAAAAAGGCCAACAAAGAGAGCACUUGUAUUAAAGGCAUGUUUUAUUUCAAUACGAUGGCACGUGCAGGACGCAAGAGGUCGCUAGGCAACGGCUUAGGAGUGAAACUAGCGUCAAGUUGAAUAGUUAGCACAAGGUUUUACGGUCGAUUCACGACUCAAACUUCCCAUUUUAUCUGGGCUUGAGACCGGCACAGAGAGAUAAUCUCUCGGUGGAUGGGAGGAAAUCGAUUCCAGGCCACUGCGAUGAGAGCACGGGAUCCUGCCACUGGACUACCAGGGGACAUCUAAUGACACUUUUGGCAUCAAUAAAUCAGAUGUCACUAAUGGAACUUCAGGGUAAUUUGGUAGGGUUUUUUUAUGUUGCUAAUUUCAAGGGCUUUGGUGCUUUAGGUUGUUCAUCGGAAGGUUGGGAUUCAGGACCCAUCACUGCCAAGCUGCCAAUGUAUAGACAAGACCUCUGAGCAAGGCCCAUAACACUAGAAGUCCCAGAGAUUUGUAACCCUCCUUUAGCCAAGUGGAUGCUAACUGGCUAGUCUUUUGGUUAUCAUUAGCAUCAAUUCAUGUGUAAAUAUGGUCAUUACCUGUGCAAUCUGCAGGGGAGUUGGGGGUGUGUGUGUGAAUGGUUGCUGGUGGCUUGUUUGUAUGUGUGGGGGAGGGAGGGCUGCUAAUUCCUUUUGUGCUGAGGUGGAUAAAAUCUAAACCUGACAAGUUUGGGAUCACGUUUUGGGUGGCUUGCGACCUAAAAUCCAAGUACAUUUGUAAUGUCCUCCCAUAUCUUUGCAAGGACCCUAGUCGUCCCAGUGGAGAGAGACUGUCUGAAAAUGUAGUGAUGAGGCUGAUGGAACCAUUCCUAGACAAGGGCAGAAAUGUUACCACGGACAAUUUCUUCACAUCGCUGUCACUUGCGCAUAAACUUCUUAGCCGGAAAACCACCAUCCUCGGCACAGUCAACAAAAUUCGCCGGGAAAUCCCUCAAUCUGCUAGACACACAGAUCGCAAUGAAUUCACCACUCAUGUGUUUUCAACCACUGCUGCUACGCUGACGGCGUAUGCGCCCAAACGGAAGAAGACCGUCUACAUUCUUAGCAGCAUGCACAGCGUGAUUCAGACUGAUAAUACCACCACUGCCAAACACUGUCACAAAGUGCGGCGUGGAUGUGAUGGACCAGAUGGUGCGGGAGUACACUGUCCGCACAGGAAAGAAAAGAACAAUUGCUUCGGACACAACCCUCCACGCCUCUUUAUUUGAGGGGUGCUGUGUCAUAACUGCCUCUGCACUCUGACACCAAAUUCAAAGCUGGGAUAUG